CCAUUUUGUGACGGUCGUUGGAGCCUGAGGAGGAGCCGCCGCCGCCGCCGCCGCCGCCUGUUCCGCGCCUCAGCCCUCUUCCGACCUUCCCUUUCCACUCGGUUCCGUCCGGGCCUCUCCUCCUCCCCCUGCCCUCUCGCCCCUUCCUCCCCCUCACGCCUCCCUCCGGGCUCGCUCCGGCCCUAAUUCCUCUUCGCGCGGCGGCCGGCCGACCCACCAACCGCAGCCAUUGCAGACCUCGCCAUGUCAGGGGGCGGCGUGAUCCGCGGCCCGGCCGGCAACAACGACUGCCGCAUCUACGUGGGGAACCUGCCGCCGGACAUCCGCACCAAGGACAUCGAGGACGUCUUCUACAAGUACGGCGCCAUCCGGGACAUCGACCUCAAGAACCGGCGCGGGGGGCCGCCCUUCGCCUUCGUCGAGUUCGAGGACCCCAGGGAUGCAGAGGAUGCCGUGUAUGGACGGGAUGGAUACGAUUACGAUGGGUACCGUCUGCGAGUAGAGUUCCCUCGAAGUGGCCGGGGCACUGGCCGGGGAGGCGGUGGAGGAGGAGGUGGUGGAGCCCCAAGGGGCCGAUAUGGACCCCCCUCUAGACGCUCAGAGUACAGAGUGGUAGUAUCGGGACUGCCUCCCAGUGGAAGCUGGCAGGAUUUAAAGGAUCACAUGCGUGAAGCAGGUGAUGUAUGUUAUGCAGAUGUUUUCCGAGAUGGGACUGGUGUCGUGGAGUUUGUACGGAAAGAAGACAUGACCUACGCAGUUCGAAAACUGGAUAACACUAAAUUUAGAUCUCAUGAGGGAGAAACUGCCUACAUCCGUGUUAAAGUUGAUGGUCCAAGAAGUCCAAGUUAUGGAAGAUCUCGUUCUCGCAGCCGUAGUCGUAGCAGGAGCCGUAGCCGAAGCAACAGCAGGAGUCGCAGUUACUCCCCAAGAAGAAGCAGAGGAUCUCCACGCUACUCUCCCCGCCACAGCAGAUCACGUUCUCGUACAUAAAUGAUCCUUAAUGGUGCUCUUUUUGUAGAACCCCCAUGUUGUAUGCAGUUUUCUUUUACUCAAAGGCAGUUUUUUUUUAAAUUCAAGCUGUUUUACUCAAAUUGGCUAAAGUGUUGGAUUGCAUUUUUGUAUAAUAUCCCUAGUGAGUAUUUGCUCCUUAACAUGAACAUUUCCUCACAUCUUUGAUAAAAUGUAUUUUAACUGGUGUCACAGGCAGAGUUCUCUCCAUUUAGCUAUAGUCUGCCACCCACACUUUUCCAGCCGUGAUAUUGCUGUGUAAAAUGUCUGUGUUCAACUAUGGUUUCGACAGACUGGGGAUGUUGGGGGGUUGUUUGGGUUUGACUUGUCUCUCCUGGGGAGCUUACAUUUUAUCUUGCCUUUUCGUGUGUCUUUCUGUAGACAUAUCUGAAGAGAUGGAUUAAGAAUGCUUUGGAUUAAAGGAUUUUGGAGCACAUGUCAAUCAUUUUAGGAUUAUCAAAAGGAGGAUUGAGGAGGAUCAGAUCAAUAAUGGAGGCAAUGGUAUGACUCCAAGUGCUAUUGUCACAGAUGAAAUUGGCAGUAUUGACCUUAUACUGAACGCUGCAUACUCUUGUUUAUUAUCUUGUCCCACCGUGCUUUGGUUAGGAAUUUAGGUCUGGAUUGCUAUGGUCAUCUAAUUACCAUUGAUGGCAGUUGUGCCGGUAUGGCUCUUUCAGGCCCAGGGGGUGGGGGAAUACUGACUGGCUUCAAUUAUCAGCCGUUGAUUACAGGUUCUAUGUAUUGGAAAACUAGUCAAUGCCAGUUUCUUCAAACCUGUGGGUAUAAUCUCAAUACUGCUAAAAUCUGCAUGUCCUCUGUGUGACUGAUAUAGCAUUACUGUUUCACCUUAAAAUUAACUGAAUGAAAGGUGAGAGGUGGAAAAAAACGCCCCUUGAUGGGAUUUACUCUGAAGUCUGCCCCCUUUCCCUUCAUGCAAAGUCAGCUGACUCACUGGCACGUUUUAAGAUUUCAGUUAACUUUGAUUAACCUUCCAGACUGGAGGGCAGUAAUGAGCUUUUAGUUUUAGACAUGCAGUAGAUGGAUAGCUUUAGCAAUAAGUUUUUGCAACUUUAAACUUUUUGCAACCACAAAACCUGUAAUGCACCAUAUAGUAACAAAUAUGUUGGCAUUAUCAGUUGUCCUUUGUAAAUAUUAGAAUGUUUCCUCCCAAUGAUAAAACAUUGCUAAAAUUAAGCUUCACGAUUCAAAAGCUUGUUUUGGGGAAUUGAUAGUUAUCGAUGCCAGUCUAUUAUUCAGUGGCAGACAUAACUGAUCAUUCUCCAGAAUCCUAUUUUUCAUUGCAGUAUCUAACUUUUUGCCUCCUCUUUUUUGGUUUUGCUGGUUAUAAAGGUUUGGAUUGGAGAGGGCUCACUGGAUCCCAAUCCUUGGAGCUGGAUCAUUGGAUUCAAAUCAUAUUGUGGAUAGGAUAGGGAGGAUCAAUUGCAAGGAUUCAUGGAGCGGGAUCAAAUUACCAGGAACAUAGGAGUGGAUUCCUGCCCCAACCAAACCGCACUCGUGUGGAUUUUUGUUCAACUCAAUUGGCUAUUCCAAAGAAUUUUUCUCUCUCUAUUUUUGACGAUUGGAGCCCUUAAGAUGCACGAUGGAGUUUUCAUUUUUUGGUAAAAGGAGCAAAGCGAGGACCUGGAGAGGCACGCUGGAGCAUUCUCCUUGGAAGGAUUCAGCACGAGUAGAUGGUAAAUGUUAAAGGGGAAAAGGGGGGUUUUGUUUUAAAACAUACUAAGUCGUUUCUCUAAAUUUAAAGACAAAAAAAUGGAGUCUAAGAUCAAGUAGGCUUUCAAUUGGCUAUUGCCUCUUUUCUUUUGACAAAUAAAAUUUUAUGAAAAAGUG